AUGCCCAGGAGUAAACCCUUCACAGUCUGCAAUGAGUGUGGUCAGUGGGUGUACGAUUGGCGGCUUACCAAGCAAGGCGGGAGAUGCAAGUGCGGCGCGUGGCUGGAGCCGUUCCAGAGCAAGCCGCCCUGGCGCAGCGCCCACUACGGUCAGCAGAACGCGGGCAGCUCUGCGGGAUCGUGGUGGGGCCCGAAGCCAGGAGAGAAAGAUGGCAAGGUGGCGGCGCUGGACUACCUCGCGGGGGACGUCAAGCAGCUGGCGAAGGAGGCGCCAGAUGCAUGGCAGGCGCUCACGAAGGCCAAGGGUAAGUAUCAGAAGGCGCAGAAGUGGCCCCUGGAGUGCGAGGAUGAGGUGGGCAAGGGCGAGCUUGUCAAGGCCGAGGAGGAAGAGUUUGCGAAGGCGACGCUGCAGACGAUCUUGGACUUCUCUGUUGACGACAGGCUCUUGGACGCCAACCUGGACGACUACGAGGACGGGCCCGAGGAGGAGGAGGUGCUGGCCUUCCGCGCCAAGGUGGAGGAGAUCCAACAGGCGGGGAAGCAGUGCUUGCAGAACGCUGAUGACGCGGAGGCGGAGCUCGCCCGCCAGCAGGCGGAGGUCCGCCGGCAGCACGCGGAAGAGGCCAAGCGGCUGCGCGCCCAGGCGGAGCAGCACCAUCAGCACCUGGUGCGGCAGGUCGAGCAGCUCCCCAGUCUGCGCACGCAACUGCGUAAGAAGCGCAGGAAGGAGGACGGCCAGGCGGCUGCAGGCGAGGCCGCCAAGGAGAAGCCUGGGGCACAGCCGGCUGCAGAGCCAGCUGCGGAAGCCGCUGAGCCGGCGGCAGUCCCAGACCCAGAGGCAGCGAAGCAGCGGAAGAAGGAGUUGCUGGACUACCAGGCGAAGAUCAAGUCGGAGCGCGCUGCCUCCGCUGCCAAGGAAGGCAGCAAGCAGGGCAAGACGGCGUCGGGCACGGCUGGCGAUCGCCGGCUCUUCUUUGCCAACGUGGAGAAGAGUGGGCCACAGGCCCACAAGUUCUUGAACGAUUACCAGCAGAAGCAUCCGAAGGUGAGCGUGGUGGGCAUCUGCGAGACCCACCUCUUGCCUGAGAAGCAGAAGAAUGUCACGAUCGACCUCGAUCGCGACGGCUGGAAGUGCACGGCUACGGCAGCGCGCCCGUCUGGUCUGAGUAAGACAGGUUGCUGCGGUAGUGAGAUGCUUAUGGCGAGGAGGCACUUGGAGACCACCUCGUUUGACCACGUGCGAGUGGCAGCGCAGCAGACAGGCAGGGACGACCCCUUCCUCGGCUUCGUGGCGACCACCAUUCACGCGAAG